AUGCGCCCAACUACCCGAAUAACUUCCACUUGCUUGUCUUUGCACUCAACUCGGCUGUCACGCCGAGACCUUACGUUCAGCACAUCUGCCCAUAAGAAAUCGGGCUUUGAACGUCAAGCCUUGAUUCACACAUGGGUACAACAGUACCAUGACUUAGAGCAGGCGAAAGCACAUUGCCGGGAAGUAAAGAACAGCCAAAGCGUAUUUGCUACUUUGUUGCCCAGGCUUCCGACCGGACAGAUAGCAUCGUGUACUGCCGCAUACUGCCGCGAUAAACAGUUUCCGUGGACAAGACGGACCAUGCAAGCAGAAAUGCUAGUUUCAGACAGAAUCUGCUGGCCGAUAUGGUCAUAUUCGCACUGUGGCAUUUUGUUGAGAGACACGCUCACCUCUCGACACGUAAGUGCCUUUUCGGGUAACUGGAAGGGCCUACUUUGUAUUGAAGGUAGAACAUGUCGCGCGGUUCAAUGGCGCCAGGGUCGUGUGGUGCGGGAUUCACACCUUCACCCCCUGGACAAGCACAUCCAUGGCUUGGCAACCGCUGAAGCUGUUGAGAAAACCGUAGAGGAGACGUAA